CAGUGUCGACUGCUAAAUUGAGUCUAUAGAUAAGGUGAAAAUUAUCUGUGGCAACUUCACAACAGCAUCGACUGCUAAAUUGAAUUCUUAGAUAAGCCUAGCAACAAAAUGCAAUGUUCUUAGGAGCCUCCAUGGUAGCACUCUUUUCCAAUGCAACACUGCUUAACUUCCUGUCAACACAACUGCCAGCACAAAAAGAUCCAGAUGGAAUCUUUGAUCAGCCUUUCAAGAAGUACUAUAAUUACAUCGUAGUUGGUGCUGGAUCAGCGGGUAGUAUUAUUGCAACAAGGUUGUCCGAAGACCGAACAAAUGUGUUAUUACUGGAAGCUGGAGGAUCUGAUUUGGAAAACGAAUUUAAGACCAAAGGCCAUUGCGGUAAGGUGUUGGGCGGUACUAGCAGUAUCAAUGCAAUGUUUUACAUUAGAGGAAGUCGUCAUGAUUAUGACAAGUGGGAAAAAGAAGGUUGUACUGGAUGGGGUUAUGACGAUGUUUUACCAUACUUCAAAAAGUCAGAAGAUAUUCAAAUUCCAGGUUUUAUCAAUUCCUCGUAUCAUGGACAUGGAGGUCCCUUGGUUAUUACAGAAGGACACACUGCUCCAUUAGAGUUCCUUCAUAGGUUAGCAGCUAAGGAAAAAGGCUUGCCAGUCACUGACUGUAAUGGUUUUAAUCAAAUUGGAUAUUGUGGCAUACAGGCAAACGUAAAAAACGGCGAACGUUGUUCUUCAGCAAGUUGUUUUCUAAGACCUAAAUUGCACAGACGAAAUUUACAGGUUGCUACCAACAGCUACGUUACAAAGAUUAUUAUACGAAAUGGCGAAGCCAAAGGUGUUGUUGUAAUGAAAAAUGGAAAGAAGACACGAAUCUAUGCUAGGAAAGAAGUUAUCAUUUCCGCAGGAGUGUUCGGAUCACCAAAACUCCUGUUAUUGUCUGGCAUAGGACCAAGACAUCAUCUGGAAAAGUUAAGGGUACCACUGAAAGCUGAUCUUCCAGUCGGUGAAGGAAUGCAAUAUCACAUGCAAUACUAUUUCCAGUACUCUAUUACUACACCUAUAAACAUGAACAAAGAGAAGGCUUCAGACCAGCAAUCCAUUAUGGACUAUAUAAUUUACAAGACAGGUAUUCAGACACGAUCUGGUAUUGAUGGGACAAUUUUUGCACGUCUACCUACAAAUCAUGAUCUUGAUUUUUUGCCAGACAUGCAACUGACUUUUAUAGCAAGAGCAUUUGAAGCUGAAAAUAUCAAAUGUGCAAUUCAAAGGAUGAAUCAUAUGGGAGUUUUUGGCGAAACAUCUCGAUCAGCUGAUGUUGGAUUUGGAGUAAAUAUAUGUAAACUUCACCAUAAAAGCAGAGGAACAGUUCGACUGAGAAGCAAGAAUCCGAUGGCGCCUCCUCUUAUAGAUCCGCAAUAUUUAGCAAAUCAAGAUGACGUUGAUUCUUACGUAAAAGUUAUUAGGUAUAUGCAAGAAUUUGCAAACAACUCAGCAUGGAACAGCAUAGGAACUACAUUUAUCAGGCAAGAAGAAUGUACAUCUUUCUGCAAAGCAUUUACUUUUGACACAGAUGACUAUUGGAAAUGUAUGAUUCGCCAUUAUGCAAGCAAUUCUAGUCAUCAAGUUAGUACAUGUAGAAUGGGAGCUCUUCAUGAUAAAACUGCUGUUGUUGACCCACAUUUGAGAGUGAAAGGAAUUAAAAAUCUAAGAGUAGCAGAUUCGUCAGUGAUGCGAAAUGUUCCGUCCGGCAACACAAACGCUCCAACAAUGAUGAUUGGAGAAAAAGCUGCUGACAUGAUUAAAAUAAGUAGACAUACAUAACUCUAAUGUGUAGUUCUUAUUGGGAAACGUCUUUAUGAAUAGUCAAACAUCUUAUUUGCAGAUAUUCAAAUGAAU